UGGACAGAGAAACACUUCCUGGACCCGUUAAACGUUUAUAAAUCCAAACAAAAUUUUAAUGUCUUUGCAGAGUGUCAUCACGGUCGCUAGUUACCGUUUCGUCGCGGUUGCUGGGAACAAUCUAUUUUUCUUUUGUUUUGUUGAUUUGAAGUUUUAAAAAUGGAAAUGUGUUUUUUUUCUCUCGGCUAUCUGCAACCCUACAUUAACUAGCUAGUAGAGGAGGUGUUGGUCCCCCGGUUUGUGUUUACAAAGAGAGAGAGACCGGGGGGAGGAGGAUGAAAAACAAGCCGUUCGUUAUGGAGUAACGAGCUAACAGUAUCUAGUUUUCGGUGUGGACGGUACUACAGACAGAGAUCACAUUAAACCCAGCUAGUUAUGGCCAUGUCGUUGAUGCAGGCCUGCCGCACUUUAGCUCAAUCUACAUGGCUCCUGUCGUUUUGUUUCGUUCACCUCCUCUGUUUGGACGUUACCGUCGCCGAGAGAGAGGAAUGGUACACCGCCUUCGUUAAUAUCACCUACAUAGACCCGGUCACCUCUGAAGUCCGGACGGAGAAAGCAGAAUACGGUCGAUACGGGGAACACUCGCUUAAACGCGACGCAAAAGGAGUCGUGGUACUUCCUUCUCUCUCCCAGGAUAGACAAGCCUGUGAUCCCGGUACCCGGUUCGCUGUUCCGGUCCAGGGCAAUGCGUGGAUAGCCCUGAUUGCCAGGGGAAACUGCACAUUUAAAGACAAGAUACGACACGCAGCGAGCCAAAACGCCACGGCCAUCGUUAUAUUCAACGUUGGAUCCAGCAACUCCAAUGAUACAAUCACAAUGCCACAUUCAGGUAUGGGUGAUGUGGUCGCCAUCAUGAUCCCCGAGCCUAAAGGUCGUGAGGUCGCUGCUCUGCUAGAGCGGAACGUCACGGUAACCAUGCACAUCACCAUAGGAACGCGUAACCUCCAGAAGUACGUGAGCAGGACGUCGGUGGUGUUCGUCUCCAUCUCCUUCAUCAUCCUGAUGAUUAUCUCUCUGGCCUGGCUCGUCUUCUACUACAUACAGAGGUUCAGAUACGUCAACGCACGAGACCGCUACCAGAGGCGCCUGGGAGAUGCAGCUAAGAAGGCCAUCAGUAAACUGCAGGUCAGGACCAUCAGGAAAGGAGACGAGGAAACGGAGUCAGACUUUGAUAACUGUGCCGUGUGUAUCGAGGGCUACAAGCCCAACGAUGUGGUCAGGAUACUACCCUGCAGACAUUUGUUCCAUAAGAACUGUGUGGACCCAUGGCUGCUGGAUCACAGGACGUGUCCCAUGUGUAAGAUAGACAUCCUCAAAGCCCUGGGCAUCGCUUUAAAUGCAGACUGUCUGGAUGACCUGCCCUUGGACUAUGAGAUGGUGGGGGGUGUGGUCCUGGAGGCUGUGGUAUCGGCGGGGUCCAGUGAGGGGACCCUCAGUGAGGGGGGGCCGGUGGUUCUAGACCCGGGGGUGCGGAGGGUGGGGCUCCCCCAAGACUACCACGACCCAGACCCUCUGAGGGAUAGUCCCAUUACUGUUACUACUGACACCCACACAGGUGAACUCCUGCCCGUGACGAGCAGUGCGUCCGUGGCGUCCCUGGUGAUCGCUGUAGAAACCGGGCUGUCGGACGAAGACCUUUCACUGGAACAACCAGCCCUUACUGGGGACGACAAGUCCUGAGACCCGGGCCACACCAGGACCAGAACAAGGUCUAACCUGGGUAAGUCUGGGUUACCUUGCUUCUGUAUUGUCGUGACUAUACCUGGGACAAAUCUAACUUGGGACAGAGACAUACCUGUAGGCUGGAUAAACCAGCCUGGGAUGGGCCUACCUGGAUAAACCUACCUGGAAUGGAUAUAGCUGGAUAAACCUACCUGGAAUGGAUAUAGCUGGAUAAACCUACCUGGAAUGGAUAUACCUGGAUAAACCUGCCUGGAAUGGGUCUACCUGGAUAAACCUGCCUGGAAUGGGUCUACCUGGGAUGGGCCUACCUGGAUAAACCAGCCUGGAAUGGGCCUACCUGGAUAAACCAGCUUGGAAUGGGUCUACCUGGGAUGGGCCUACCUGGAUAAACCAGCCUGGGAUGGGCCUACCUGGAUAAACCUGCCUGGAAUGGGUCUACCUGGGAUGGGCCUACCUGGAUAAACCAGCCUGGGAUGGGCCUACCUGGAUAAACCUACCUGGAAUGGAUAUAGCUGGAAUGAGUCUACCUGAAUAAACCAGCCUGGAAUGGAUAUACCUGGAUAAACCUGCCUGGAAUGGGCCUACCUGGAUAAACCUGCCUGGAUAAACCUGCCUGGAAUGGGCCUACCUGGAUAAACCAGCCUGGAUAAACCUACCUGGAAUGGAUAUAGCUGGAUAAACCUACCUGGAAUGGAUAUACCUGGAUAAACCUGCCUGGAUAAACCUACCUGGAAUGGGCCUACCUGGAUAAACCUGCCUGGAAUGGGCCUACCUGGAUAAACCUGCCUGGAAUGGGCCUACCUGGAUAAACCUACCUGGAAUGGAUAUAGCUGGAUAAACCUACCUGGAAUGGAUAUACCUGGAUAAACCUGCCUGGAUAAACCUACCUGGAAUGGGCCUACCUGGAUAAACCUGCCUGGAUAAACCUGCCUGGAUAAACCUACCUGGAAUGGAUAUACCUGGAUAAACCUGCCUGGAAUGGGCCUACUUGGAUAAACCUGCCUGGAAUGGGCCUACCUGGAUAAACCUACCUGGAAUGGGCCUACCUGGAUAAACCAGCCUGGAUAAACCUACCUGGAAUGGGCUUAACUGGAUAAACCUACCCUGAAUGGGCCUACCUGGAAUGGGCCUACCUGGAUAAACCUACCCUGAAUGGGCCUACCUGGAAUGGGCCUACCUGGAAUGGGCCUACCUGGAUAAACCUGCCUGUAACUGAUUCCAGAUUAAACCAGGACAAAAAAGAUCCACAAUUUGUGGGAUUUUCUGGAAAUUGUACCCAUAGAAUGGUUUGGAGGAAGGAUUAUUGUCAUAUUUUACAUUUUGUAUCUUAAAGCAUAAUAAAAAGAUAAAGUAUUAUUCAAAUGUCGCAUAUUUCUGACAUUUUGACCUUUGACCUUACCCAGUCCUCCUGGACGAGAGUUUAAUCUGUAGGUGCUGCAAAGCAACAAUUGGUGUGUGUUUUGUAACAUGAGUUGGAUAACCCCCAUAUGGGAUGGGACACCGUGUACACUAGAGAUUUAACUCUGUGGCCCUGCCUACGUGGAGGAUCGACUCACCUGGUUAUGGAGCGAUCUGACUGGUAACUUCCUGUUACCUGGUGGGGUGUUCUGUGUGUCAAUGGAGGUAGCUGUCACCUGGAGCCCAGGACAUAUUUCACAGUAAGAGUUCUGAUCUCACACACAUCAACAGAACCUUUUGUGAAUCUAGAAACCAGAUUUUAUAAAACUACUAUUUUGAAACAGAACUUCAAGAACUGGAGCAUAUAUGACAGGGACAUUUUUAUUUUCAUAAAAGCCUCAAAGACCUCUGGGAGAUGUAGUCAGUGAACUGCGCAGCAUCUUCUGUUGUUCUGUCUGGAAUGACACGGUCUCUACUACUGUAACCAGGCAUAAGGUCACACCACUACAUAGUGUAGUAAUGCUAUUUUUAAAGUACAACUUCAGUAUUCUCUCCUUCUACCUGUGUAUAUUCUAUGGUCAUAUCUGUAAGAAGUACUUUCUUUUAGCCUCCGUCCGUCUGUCUGUCUGUCUGUCUGUCUGUCUGUCUGUCUGCCUAUAUCUGUACGAUGAGCUCACAGUGAAGUGUUGUUUUAUUUUCUGUUUGUUUUUUUUACUACCUUUUUCUGUCUUAACUGGCCAAUCAGAGUUGGUUGUGUUAUUUAUGGUGUUGCCUAUAACUCCCCUUUUUGACAAUCAGAUGUUACAGCAAUGCUCUGGAACGUUCUAGAAUCCUUCUCAGAACCUCCUCUGGAACGUUCUAGAAUCCUUCUCAGAACCUCCUCUGGAACGUUCUAGAAUCCUUCUCAGAACCUCCUCUGGAACGUUCUAGAAUCCUUCUCAGAACCUCCUCUGGAACGUUCUAGAAUCCUUCUCGGAGACUCCUCUGGAACGUUCUAGAAUCCUUCUCAGAACCUCCUCUGGAACGUUCUAGAAUCCUUCUCAGAACCUCCUCUGGAACGUUCUAGAAUCCUUCUCAGAACCUCCUUUGGAACGUUCUAGAAUCCUUCUAGAAUGAAUCAAUAAAAUAUAUUCUAUAUCGAGGUGACAAACGAUCGAAAACUAUUUGUGUGUAGAUAAAUAGCCACGCGUGAGUUGAACUAGACACUUGUUCAACUCCCUUCAGGAUUCUGAAAGUAUUGGAGGGUCUGAACAUGGGUUGGAAGUAGUUUCCAAUGAGAGGGGAUCUGAGGAAUGAGAUGAUAUAUUUAUUAUGCCUAUAGUGAACCGAGUCGCUGGGACCCUCUCGCUGCAAUACAGGGGCUGUGUGUAUAAUGACAACCGGUUCUGUUAAGAGCACACAUACAGCUUUAGGGCGGGUGUGGGGGAGAAAACACAAAUGAGAGAGCGAUCCCCCACCUCCCCUGAGGAACAACCAUAUUGAGGUUAUGUACAGAGAGAGAUCCCCCACCUCCCCUGAGGAACAACCAUAUUGAGGUUAUGUACAGAGAGAGAUCCCCCACCUCCCCCUGAGGAACAACCAUAUUGAGGUUAUAUACAGAGAGAGAUCCUCCACCUCCCCCUGAGGAACAACCAUAUUGAGGUUAUGUACAGAGAGAGAUCCCCCACCUCCCCCUGAGGAACAACCAUAUUGAGGUUAUGUACAGAGAGAGAUCCCCCACCUCCCCUGAGGAACAACCAUAUUGAGGUUAUGUACAGAGAGAGAUCCCCCACCUCCCCUGAGGAACAACCAUAUUGAGGUUAUGUACAGAGAGAGAUCCCCCACCUCCCCUGAGGAACAACCAUAUUGAGGUUAUGUACAGAGAGAGAUCCCCCACCUCCCCCUGAGGAACAACCAUAUUGAGGUUAUGUACAGAGAGAGAUCCUCCACCUCCCCCUGAGGAACAACCAUAUUGAGGUUAUGUACAGAGAGAGAUCCCCCACCUCCCCCUGAGGAACAACCAUAUUGAGGUUAUGUACAGAGAGAGAUCCCCCACCUCCCCCUGAGGAACAACCAUAUUGAGGUUAUAUACAGAGAGAGAUCCCCCCCCCCCCCCCCC